UCUAACCCCAGCAGGGAAGCUCCGCUCGCCUCCAUCUAGGUCACCUUAAACAGAAGCCGACUUGACCAUGUGUCGGGCGUGAUGAGGACUCCUGGGAACUUGGAGGAGCCUCGCUCCACACCAAAGCCCCGCAGGACCCCCAAGGAGAGGUUCGUUUAUCUAGAAGCGCUUCUAGAGGGAGGGGCUCCCUGGGGCUUCACCCUGAAAGGUGGCCUGGAGCAUGGAGAACCGUUAAUCAUUUCCAAGAUCGAAGAAGGGGGAAAAGCUGACGUGGAGGGCUCCGGACUGCAAGCCGGGGACGAGGUCGUGCACAUCAAUGAAGUGGCCCUGAGCAGUUCCAGGAGGGAGGCUGUCUCCCUGGUGAAAGGGUCCUACAAGACCCUCCGGCUGGUGGUGCGCAGAGAUGUGGGUGCAGACCCGGGCCAUGUAGAUCCUGGUGCGUCUAACUCCCUCAGCUCAGAGCGGCUCACCUGCGGUCCCCAGCACCGGAAAGCAACAUGGUCAGGAGGGGUGAAACUUCGGCUAAAGCAGAGGUGCAGUGAACCUGCCGCUCGCCCCCACUCCUGGCAUACAACCAAAUGUGGAGAGAACCUGCCUGAUGCCAGCAUGAUGAAGAUAUCUCAGGGCACGAUGGGCCCUCCUUGGCACCAAAGCUACCAUUCCAGCUCUUCUACAAGUGACCUCUCCAACUAUGACCAUGCCUAUCUGAGGCGGAGCCCUGACCAGUGCAGCUCCCAGGGGAGCAUGGAAAGCCUGGAGCCUAGCGGCGGAUACCCAUCCUGUCAUCUCCUUUCUCCAGCCAAGUCCAUGAGCAGCAUCGACCAGCUCGGCCACCUCCAUAAUAAAAGAGACUCGGCGUAUAGCUCCUUCUCCACAAGCUCCAGCAUCCUAGAGUACCCACCCCCUGGUGGCUCUGGUCAAGAACGCUCGGGUUCCACGGACAUGAUUUCUGCUCGAGGCGGCCUCCUAGAAGGGAUGAGGCAAGCAGACAUUCGCUAUGUCAAGACAGUCUACGAUACCCGGAGGGGAGUAUCGUCAGAGUAUGAAGUGAACCCUACAGCCUUGCUUCUUCAAGGUAGGGAUGCCCACGCGUCAGCAGGUAUUCAUGGCUGCACCAAAUGGCACAGUGUUCCUCGGGGCAAGGUAGCACCAUCCCCACCUUGGAGCCGGCAGUGCCCCAGGUCCUCGGAUACUGCCACUGACAACCUGCCUCCUAAAGUGGGUGCGCCCACGCCCCCCACUCGGAGCGACAGCUAUGCAGCCUUCCGGCAUCGCGAGCGCCCCAGUUCCUGGUCCAGCCUUGACCAGAAGAGGUUCUGCCGACCUCCGACGGCUUCCUCAGGCUCCUUGAAGACCCCGCUCAUGGAGGAACAGCUGCAUACCGUCCCAGAGAGGAGUCCGGAGAACAGCCCCCCAGUGAAACCUAAGCAUAGUUUGACCCAGAAGAUGCAGCCCGGCCAACCCCUACUGCCCACUGGCAUCUAUCCGGUACCCUCUCCAGAGCCGCACUUUGCCCAGGUGCCUCAGCCUUCUGUGAGUAGUAACGGUACGGUCUACCCUGCGCUGGUCAGAGAGAGCGGGCACACAGCUGCUCAGGGAGCUCGCAACAAGAUGGCUACCUUCGAUGAGAAUGGGAACCAAAACGAAGCUAACAGGCCCGGGUUUGCCUUCUGUCAGCCCCAAGAGCACGCCUCGGUGACCCCAGGGGAGAGGAACCCAGAACCCACGGCCAAGUAUGUCCCCUACAAAGUCCACUUUUCUUCAGUGCCCGAAGAUGAAGAUCCCUCCCUGAAGAGACACAUCACACCCCUCCAAGGCAACAGCCCAUAUCCCAGCGAGAGAAAGAACACCCAUGGCAGCAGACCGUGCUCUAAUCACCACAGCCCCUCAUCUGGUCAGGAAGAUCACAACGCCAACCUCAGGCAGAAACUGGAGAGGGAAGGCCUAGGCCAGAGCCAGUCAGGCAACUUUGGCAGGACCAAGUCGGCCUUCUCAUCUCUCCAGAACAUUCCAGAGAGUCUAAGAAGGCAAAGCAGCAGCAUGGAGCUCGGAGGAGAGGCGUCCCAGGAGGGUUACCCAGGUGGCAGGCCCGCCUGUGCCCUCAACGCCAACGCGGAAGAGCCCGGCAGGAGAGCCGGGCCCGUGUCCCAUCCGAGGCCGGAGGGGAAAAUGAGCGCGGCCGCGGACUCUCUGCUCGGGGCCGACUCAAGGUCUGAAGAGCCCCCGGGCCCCCCACUCCAGCAGCCGUCGGGUGUGAGCCAGAGACGGCUGAGCUCCAGCAGCAGCACGGCUGCCCCGCAGUACCGGAAGCCCCACUGCUCGGUGCUGGAGAAGGUCUCCAAGAUCGAAGAGCGAGAGCAAGGGCGCCACAGGCUCCCGAGCGUGGGCAGCUCCGCCUACGGCCUCAACUACAGGCCCAACAGGACCGGCUCGACCUCGGGUCCCAACGGUGGCGGCGACUUCGAGGAUCCAAAGGCCGGCACCCAUGUCUCCGAGUCCACGGAGCAGCUGCGCCCCGGGGAGCCCAGCUUCAAAAACCGGGAGUCCGGGCCGGAAGAGCCUUGGUGCUGGCAGCCGUGCGGCCAGCCGCUGAGGAGGGCCGGGGACGGCCGGGCACCCCCGAGGCCCGAUGCCCGCCUGUUGCGCAGCCAGAGCACCUUCCAGCUCUUCAGCGAGGCGGAGAGAGAAGCGUCGUGGUCGUCGGAGGACAGGCCCAGCACCCCGGAGUCGCCCCUGCUGGACGCGCCCUUCAGCCGCGCCUACAGGAACAGCAUCAAGGACGCCCAGUCCCGCGUCCUGGGCGCCACCUCGUUUCGGCGCCGCGACCUGGAGCCGGGCACCCCGGCGACCUCGAGGCCCUGGCGCCCGCGACCGGCUUCCGCGCACGUGGGGAUGCGGAGCCCCGAGGCCGCGGCACCCUCACCCUCCUCCUCCUCCCCGCACACCCCACGCGAGCGGCACAGCGUGACCCCGGCCGACGUCGUGGCCGCCGCCGCGGGGACCCCGGCCGCCCCCCAGGCCGCCCCCCGCCGAGGUGCCCGCCGGCGCCUCACGGCCGAGCAGAAGAAGCGCUCCUACUCGGAGCCCGAGAAGAUGAACGAGGUGGGGGUCUCGGAGGAGGCCGAGCCCGCGGCCUGCGGCCCACCGAGGCCGGCCCCGCCGCGCUUCUCCGGGGAGAGCACCGUGGCCGACCGGCGCCGCCUCUUCGAGCGCGACGGCAAGGCCUGCUCCAGCCUCAGCCUGUCGGGGCCCGAGCUGAAGCAGUUCCAGCAGAGCGCCCUGGCCGACUAUAUCCAGCGCAAGACCGGCAAGCGGCCGGCCUCCGCCUCCGCCGCCCCCGCCUGCCCUCCGGAGCCCGGGCUGCGCGAGCGCGCCCAGAGCGUCUACCUCCAGGCCGGCCCCACUGCAGGCCCCGACGGCCCUGGCCUGGCCUCCGCCUGCAGCCUAAGCUCGCUGCAGGAGCCCGAUGCGCCCCGCAGGGAGCACCCCCACCCGUCUGCGGCAGCCUCGGAUGCCCCGCAGGCGCCCCGAGAUCGCAGCAGCUCCUUUGCCAGCGGGCGCCUCGUCGGGGAGCGACGACGCUGGGACCCUCAGCCCCCCAGGCAGCUGCCCAGCGGAGCCAGCUGCGGGCCCAGGGCCACCCAGAGACCGGACAGGACCCCUGGUGGCCGGCCGCCUUCCUGGAGCAUGGUGACCGCCAAGGCCGGGAAGUCCAAGUCAGCCGAGGACCUGCUGGAGCGCUCUGACACCCUGGCCGUCCCUGUGCAUGUGAGGUCCAGGUCGUCUCCCACCGCAGACAAGAAAGGCCAGGAUGUGCUCCUGAAGGAAGACAGUUGCUUUGCUUUUGUGAAGGACCCGUGUUGUUUGGCUGGCACCGGAUCUAGGUCUACCAGUUGCUCAGACAGAGGCCAGAAAGAGCCAGCAUCGCCCCUUCACCAUCCUAUCCCUUGCCGGAAUGGCUCAAGUUCUACUCUUGGUUCCUCAGCUCCUAUGGAAUGUUCUGGAGCCCCAGACCAUCUGAAGCAACUUAGAACACCUUGCCCUAGGCCACUUUCGUCAGAAAUGCAAGGCCACUUUCCAGAUGCCAAAGCUGCCUCCAUGGCCUCACUCAGCUCCCCUCUGCCCUCUCCAGUCCCCUCCAGUUACCGGUCACAGCUUACCAUGGAUCAUCAGACUGAACGGAGUGGGCAGACAGGGCUGCAGCCUCUUCCGGCUUCCACCCCUGCAGUGACCCAGCCUCCCAGCCCAGAACGCCAUGAAUUCAACAGCCCAGAGCAUGGGCUACAAGAGGGCAUGUGGAGGAGGGCAUCACUGCCGCAGAGACCCCCUCCGCCCUGGGUGAAGUGGGCCCAUGCAGUCAGAGAGGACAGCCUUUCAGAGGACACCUCAGCACCUGAGUCUGCAAACCUGAAGCACUAUAAAAACCAGAGUCUGCCAAGUUCAUGCAGCACUUCAGACCCAGACACUCCAGGAAGGAUCUCUCUCCGAAUAUCCGAGUCAGCCCUGCAGGCUUCCCCGCUACCACGGGGGGAUUAUGACGAUGAAGUGUUUGUGAAGGACUUGCACCCCAAGGUUACUUCAAGCCCCACAUUCGAGGCUCUUCCCCCACCUCCGUAUCCUCCGCCGAGCCAGGAAACCCUAGUGAAUAGCCCCGAUGACUUCCCACCACCUCCUCCCCAAGCCACGCACGAGGCACCGCUAGAUAGUGAGGCAUACAAGGAACCCGGCAGCAGUUCCUGCCAAUUUCCCAAGGUGACAGUCACAAGGGACGGGCAUGUGCCUGGUGCAGUCCAUUCCGAAAGUAGUCACAUAUUGACUCCCGAAGCACCCCAGACUUCAGCCCCAGACUCAGAAGCUGAGUGCAGCACACCUUCUGAUGGGAAUGCUCAGCCGCAGCUCGCCAGUUCUCUUGGCAAGCAGGCCUCUCCCAGCCAGACCCAAAGCCUCACCCAUGAGCCUGCUGGUAGAACUCAGGAUCUAGGAAAGAAAAUCCAUGACGAGCCCCAGAAGACCUCGGAAGAUAUCCGAACAGAGGCUCUUGCCAAGGAAAUUGUCCACCAAGACAAAUCUCUGGCAGACAUUUUGGACCCGGACUCCAGAAGGAAGACAACGAUGGACCUGAUGGAGGGUCUGUUCCCCAGAGAUGCUAACGUGCUUAAGGAAAGUGGGGCAAAGAGGAAAGCCUUAGAAGAAACCGUCAGGCAGACCGGGUGUGAAGCCAAGAGGAGCGAUGACAAGGAAGCGGCGGGCAUGCUGGUCAACUGCCCUGCCUACUACAGUGUGUCUGCAGCCAAGGCAGAGCUGCUGAACAAGAUCAAAGGCAUGCCGGAGGAGGAGCCAGAGGAGGAGGAGGACGUCAACGAGAAAAAGGCUGAGCUCAUCGGAAGCCUUACCCACAAGCUCGAGACCCUCCAGGAAGCCAAGGGGAGCCUGCUCAUGGACAUCCAGCUAAACAAUGCGCUGGGAGAGGAGGUGGAGGCCCUGAUCAGUGAGCUCUGCAAACCCAAUGAGUUUGACAAGUACAAGAUGUUCAUAGGGGACUUGGACAAGGUGGUCAACCUGCUGCUCUCACUCUCUGGACGCCUAGCCCGAGUGGAGAAUGUCCUGAGUGGCCUAGGUGAAGAUGCAAGUAAAGAAGAAAGGAGUUCUCUGAAUGAGAAGAGGAAGAUUCUGGCUGGACAGCAUGAAGAUGCCCGGGAGCUCAAGGAGAACUUGGACCGGAGGGAGCGCGCGGUGCUGGCCAUCCUGGCCAAUUACCUGUCGGCCGAGCAGCUCCAGGAUUACCAGCACUUUGUGAAAAUGAAGUCCACACUCCUCAUCGAGCAGCGGAAGCUGGAUGACAAGAUCAAACUGGGCCAGGAGCAGGUCAAGUGUCUCCUGGAGUCACUUCCCUCGGACUUCAGGCCCAAGACAGGGACCAUCUCCCUGCCCCCAGCCCUCACCGGCCAUGCGACUCCUGUGGGAGGCUCUGUAUUCAGGGGCGCUUUCCCAACAUUGACCUCUCCACUUUAACCUCUCCCGAAAGACCCAUCCAAAAGAUGCCACGCUCAACACUAUUUAAUCUAAGAUGCUUCACUGCGACUGCAAUUUGAACUGUGGGUUACUGGGGGCUUCUGGGGUAGAAGGAAGAGACUGCAUGGGGAAGAAGCCGUCUCCGUCCUCCCUUGCCUUUCACGGUUGGUCUCCUGAGCUUGCAUGUGGCUGGGCCUUUCACUAUCCGCUCUGCAGCAGAAGGCGCGUUCAUGACACCGACCCGAUGGGAGGGGUUGACUCAGGUGUUCACCGGCUGAAGCAGCAGAGACCAGUGUGUGCCACCCUCAGGAAUGUUUCCACAGUGGCCUCCUGUCAUCAGUGUGCAAGGACCAGUCUGCAACACAAAGCCUUAAAGACACACGUUAAGAAAACUGUAAAACCUUGAACAUGUUUGUUAUUUAUAUUUUUGAAAAAGAUCAUUAUGUUUGUGUGCUAACCACUUAUUUGAUUGUUUUGUGGUGGAUGUAGACAAUUACAUGUGAGCUUUGUAUUUUGUGAAAACCUUAAUGAAGAAUUCCAAAGAUAGUCAAAUUGAA